AUGACGGCGACUAAACGCUCAGAAUACACGCGCGAAGAGGGCAGCGAAGUGAAACUCCUGCACUUUAUUUUUGGACAACCCAACAUCGAUCAGAUCCGCGGUCAUCCCGACAAAGUCCUGAAUCUCAUUGAAGAAUUCGGCCAGCAAUAUUGGUUCGCCAAUGUCGGCCAUCCCAAAGGCGAUAUCGUCGUCAGCCUCAUCGAAGAACUUCGACCUCGAAAGAUGAUUGAGCUCGGGGGCUACGUGGGCUAUUCCGCCAUCCUCUUCGGGGAUGCCGUGCGCCGUCACGGGGGACAGCGAUACAUCAGUCUCGAGUUGAACCCUGAAUUUGCUGCUGUAGCUAAUAUGCUCAUUGAGCUGGCCGGCUUGCGGGAUUUUGUGCACACGAUCGUUGGCCGUAGCGAUGAGUCGCUGCAAAAGCUCUACACGAGUGGAAAAGUCGAGCACGUGGAGCUCAUGUUUAUCGAUCACUAUAAGCCUGCCUACACUACCGAUGUGCAACUUUGUGAAGAGCUAGGCAUGAUCUCGCCAGGCUCCGUCCUAGUUGCUGAUAACGUGGUGUUCCCUGGGAACCCGCCUUAUUUGAAGUAUGUACGAAGUACUGUGGAAGAAAAGCGGGAAGUGGCACGAUCUAUGGAAUCAGGAAGAACCUUCAACACGGAGGGAUUUUCAGAGCGGACCAUCUCCAAAUAUUUGGGCGCAGACUCUGCACCCAAGUUCGAUGUGGUUGGAAAUCCCAACUUGGUGUACCAUAGUGUUCUGAACCAACCUGAAGGAGACCCGGAUGCCCUUGAGAUCACCAAGUGCGUGAGAAUUGAAGAAGUUGCUUAA